UCUCUCCCACUUCGCAAGGUCGCAACCCCUCCAUCUCGAAUAGUUGCACCGGCUCCUCGUCGCUUCGGUUCCCCAUCCCGCACAACAACAGCUCGCAACUCAACUUGAACAAUCACAUUUACAGACGACGUGAGUCAUCAUGAGCGCAAAGGUUCCCCGCAACUUCAGACUCCUCGAGGAGCUCGAGAAGGGCGAGAAGGGCCUUGGAGCAGAGGCUUGCUCCUACGGCUUGAACGAUGCUGAAGACCUCCUGAUGUCCGACUGGAACGGCACCAUCCUGGGGCCCCCUCACAGUGUCCACGAGAACCGAAUUUACUCCCUCAAGAUGCACUGCGGCCCUAACUACCCUGACGAGCCCCCGACGAUACAGUUCAUCAGUCAGGUCAACCUGCCCUGCGUCAACUCCCGCAACGGUGUCGUCGACCCCAAGCAGCUUCCCUGCCUGGCUAACUGGAAGAGGGACAACACCAUGGAGACGGUCCUGAUUGAACUUAGAAGAUACAUGGCGGCCCCUGCAAACAAGAAGAUCCCCCAGCCCCCCGAAGGGUCGUCGUACCAGUAACCUACCGGUACCCUAUUUUCAUGAUUCCCCUGGAUGCGCGAAAGAGGACACGGAAUGACAGACUAGGCUGGCUCUUGGUACACAUGGCAUGGGUAGUGUAGUACGUCUCAAUGAUUACGACUUUCUCUCACAAACUUGCUCUUUUAAUCCUGACCAUCAUGUUUGGUACACAAGUGCAAGUGCAUUGUACAAGAUGUAGAUG